AUGGCACCUGCUAGCAUCGAAGUAGACAUCCCUGUCAAUGUCUCAGCAACCAAGGCAGCCUUUUCGACGAAGCCCCUGAAACAGUCGGGAGCGCUAGAUGCUUUUGAGUCUUUUGAUCCGACACCCAUUACUGGUCGCGAAUUCCCUACAGCCAAUAUUGUGGACUGGCUCAAGGCCCCAAAUUCAGAUGAGCUGAUCCGUGAUCUCGCCAUCACUGUUUCUCAACGUGGUGUCGUCUUCUUCCGCAAACAGGACGACCUCACUCCUGAGCUCCAAAAAGAGCUCCUCACACGGCUUGGAGAGCUUACUUGCCGUCCUGCGGAGUCUGGGCUUCAUAUCCACCCGGUAUUCAACGCAGAACGAGACGAUCAGGGAGACGACCAUGUCGUCAGUUAUAUCCACCAAAAACAGACGAAGCCUUCAUUCGUGAGAAACAAGGACCUAGCACCUGAUGCACUCUGCCCUAAAAAGCAGAACACUUCGGAAUGGCAUAGCGAUUGCUGUUUUGAGCCAGUCCCGGCUGACUACUCGUGCCUACGUCUCACUACGCUGCCUGCUACUGGCGGUGAUACUCUAUGGGCCAAUGGCUAUGAACUAUACGACAAGAUCAGCGAGCCUUACCAAAAGUUCCUGGAAACCCUUACUUGCACAUUUGAGCCACCUGGUCUGAAGCAAAUGUGUGAUGCUAUGGGAAUCAAGCUUUAUGCUAAAGAGCGUGGUAACCCCGAAAAUGUCGGGGAUGUAAUUAAAGCUGUCCAUCCUGUCGUGAGGACUAACCCCGUCACGGGAUGGAAGAGCGUUUUCGCUAUCGGCGGCAUGGUCAAACACAUUAACGGUGUGACGGCCGAGGAGAGCAAGAUGCUCAUCGAUUGGUUCCAUGAGUUGGUCUACAAGAACCAUACUAUGCAAGUGCGGUUCAAAUGGAAGGAUCCGAACGACUUUGCUAUCUGGGAUAACCGCAGUUUCUACCAUUCAGCCACUUAUGACUUCUGGGAAAUGGGUGAUCGGCAUGGAUGCAGAGGAUCUGGAGUUGGCGAAAAGCCGUACCUUGACCCGAAGAGCAAGUCGAGAACAGAAGACCUUGCAGACGUUGGUGGCUACUAG